CCCGGCGGCCGCGGCCCCAAGUCCACCUUCCGGGUGUUGGAGAACUCAGCCCCGCACCUCCUGGACGUGGACGGGGAGAGCGGGCUGCUCUACACCAAGCAGCGCAUCGACCGCGAGGCGCUGUGCCGGCGCAGCACCAAGUGCCAGCUGUCCCUCGAGGUGUUCGCCAACGACCAGGAGAUUUGCAUGAUCAAGGUGGAGAUCCAGGACCUGAACGACAACGCACCAGCGUUCCCUUCUGAUCAAGUGGACAUGGACAUCUCUGAAAAUGCUGCGCCAGGCACCCGCUUCCCCCUCACCAGCGCCCACGACCCAGACGCUGGGGACAAUGGGCUGCGGACCUAACUGCUCACCCGUGAUGACUAUGGCCUCUUCUCCCUUGAUGUGAAGUCCCGAGGUGAUGGCACAAAGUUUCCGGAGCUGGUCAUCCAGAAGCCAUUAGACCGUGAAGAGCAGAGCCACCACACCCUGGUACUGACAGCCUUGGAUGGUGGUGACCCACCACGCUCGGGCACAGUGCAGAUCAAUGUGCGCCUCAUUGACUCCAAUGACAAUAGCCCCAUCUUUGAGGCGGCUUCCUAUGUGGUAGAGCUACCUGAGAAUGCACCACUGGGCACUGCCGUCAUCGACCUUAAUGCCACUGAUGCCGAUGAGGGUACCAACGGAGAGGUGCUCUACUCUUUCAGUGGCUAUGCACCUGAGCGCGUCCGUGACCUGUUUAGCAUUGACCCACAGAGUGGCCUCAUCCGUGUCAAGGGCAACCUGGACUAUGAGGAGAGUGGCCUCAUUGAGAUCGACGUCCAGGCUCGGGACCUGGGGCCCAAUCCCAUCCCUGCUCACUGCAAGGUCACUGUCCGCCUCAUUGACCGCAAUGACAAUGCACCCACCAUUGGCUUUGUCUCCGUUCGCCAGGGAGCACUGAGUGAGGCUGCCCCUCCGGGCACUGUCAUUGCCCUGGUGCGGGUCACUGACCGAGACUCCGGCAAGAACGGGCAGCUCCAGUGCCGGGUGCUGGGUGGUGGUGGUGGAGCAGGAGCUGUCCCUUUCACCCUGGAGGAGAACUAUGACAACUUCUACACUGUUGUCACUGACCGGCCCCUGGACCGUGAGGCACAGGACGAGUACAAUGUGACCAUUGUGGCACGUGAUGGGGGCAACCCCCCACUCAACUCCACCAAGUCGUUUUCCGUCCGAAUCCUUGACGAGAACGACAACCCACCCCGCUUCAGCAAGAACCUCUAUGUGCUACAGGUCCCUGAGAACAACAUCCCUGGAGAGUACCUGGGCUCUGUCUUGGCUCAGGACCCUGACCUGGGCCAAAAUGGGACAGUCUCUUACUCCAUUCUGCCCGGGCAUGUGGGAGAUGUCUCCAUCUACACCUAUGUCUCCGUCAACCCCACCAAUGGUGCUAUCUAUGCCCUAAGGAGCUUCAACUAUGAGCAGACAAAGCACUUUGAGUUUCGUGUGCUGGCCAAAGACUCGGGUUCACCCCACCGUGAAAGCAAUGCCACGGUGCGCGUCACUGUGCUCGAUGUCAAUGACAAUGCACCCCUCAUCGUUCUGCCAGCCCUCAUCAAUGACACUGCUGAGCUGCAGGUGCCUCGCAAUGCUGGGGUGGGCUACCCCGUGGGGACCGUCCGUGCCCUGGACAGUGACUUUGGGGAGAGUGGGCGUCUCACAUAUGAGAUUGUGGAAGGCAAUGAGGAGCACCUCUUUGAGAUGGACCCCACUAGUGGAGAGAUACGCACCUUGCACCCCUACUGGGAGGAGCUCAGCCCUGUUGCUGAACUAGUGGUAAAAGUCAGUGACCAUGGCAAACCCAGCCUCUCUGCAGUGGCCAAGCUCAUUGUCAGGGCCUUGGCAGGGCCCCUGCCGCCACAGGUGAAUGGCGAGCAGCAUCGGCGACCACACUGGGACUUGUCGCUGCCCCUGAUCGUGACACUGAGCACUGUGUCCAUCAUCUUGCUGGCUGCCAUGAUCACUAUUGCUGUGAAGUGCAAGAGAGAGAACAAGGAGAUCCGCACCUAUAAUUGUCGCAUUGCCGAGUAUAGCCACCCUCAGCUGGGAGGAGGGGGAGGCAAUGGCGGGGGAGGAGGAGGCAGUGGCAGUGGAGGGGGCAAGGGCAAGAAGAAGAAGAUCAGCAAGAAUGACAUUAUGCUGGUGCCCAGUGAGGGCGAGGACAGCCGGGGGCCCCUCAAUGUCAUGAACGUGGUGAGCAGCCCAUCCCUGGCCACCUCACCCAUGUACUUUGACUACCAGACUCGCCUGCCCCUCAGCUCUCCCAGGUCAGAGGUGAUGUACCUGAAGCCCGCCUCCAACAACCUGACUGUACCCCAGGGACAUGUGGGCUGCCACACCAGCUUCACAGGGCAAGGGACUAACGCCAGCGAGGCUCCCCCGAGCCGGAUGUCCAUAAUUCAGACAGACAAUUUUCCCGCAGAGCCCAAUUACAUGGGCAGCAGGCAGCAGUUUGUUCAAAGUAGCUCCACGUUCAAGGAUCCAGAAAGAGCCAGCUUGAGGGACAGCGGCCAUGGGGACAGUGAUCAGGCUGACAGUGACCAAGACACUAACAAAGGCUCCUGCUGUGACAUGUCUGUUAGGGAGGCACUCAAGAUGAAAACUACUUCAGCUAAAAGCCAGCCACUUGAACAAG